CAUGUAGAUACUCUGUAUAUAAGUCGUACCGUCACCCACUAGUAAAAGAAGGUGGGAGACAGAGGACGGAUAUGAGGCCAAAGGUUUAUCUCUUCGGAGACUCCAUCACGGAAUUUUCUUUCGAGAAUGGUGGCUGGGGCGCUGCCCUCGCCAAUCACUUCCGCUGCACGGCUGAUGUGGUGCUGAGAGGCUACAGCGGUUACAACACAAGAUGGGCUCUGAGGAUUCUCGACAAGGCGGCGUUCCCGGCAGAGGAGUGUGCGGGUUCGCCGCCGCUGGCGGUGACGGUGUUUUUCGGUGCCAACGACGCCUCUCUUCCGGAUCGAUCAUCUGCCUUCCAGCACGUGCCUGUUGAUGAGUACCAGAACAAUCUGCGCUCCAUUGUCUCCUUCUUCAAGGAAAGAUGGCCAACGGUGCUUGUUAUCCUCCUUACACCGCCCCCGAUUGAUGAAGCAGCACGCCUUCUUCAACCGUUUGGUAAGAACAAAUCUGGCCUUCCUGAAAGGACAAAUGAAGCUGCAGGAGCUUACGCCAAAGCGUGUAUUGAUGUUGCCUCAGAGUUUGGAGUUCCAUCUGUGGAUCUCUGGACCAAAGUUCAGCAAGUUUCAGACUGGAAAAAAACUUGUUUGAGGCCGUAACUCUGUUGCUGUCUGGAGCGCAAGCACAACCUUGAACGCAAAGUAAAUUUAAAGCCGUGUUCAAUAUUGAUUAAUAUGAUCUUACCUUAAUUAAAAUGCAGCGAUGGUUUGCACUUGGCUCGUGCGGGAAAUAGUGUUGUGUUUGAUGAGGUGGUGCAUGUGCUCAAGAAACAAGGGCGCAAUGCAGAAUCUCUGCCAUCAGAUUUUCCCAUCAUUGACAAAGACAUUGAUCCAAAUGACCCUCUUAAAUCUUUUUAAAACAAAUGUCAUUUGUAUCUUAUCCAAUGUAAGCGACUAUAUUUUAAAUAAAAGAAUCAAAU